CCACACCCACCCACCUUCCUUCCACCUUCUUCUUUCCUUAUAUCAUGAACCCUUUAGGACAUAUGGAUUCCCACAACUAAUCCUUAACCUUUCUUGCAUCAAUGGAAUCCCCAAAAAAUGGAUAUUUCAAGAUCCUAAUGUUCCCAUGGCUAGCUCACGGCCACAUCUUCCCUUACCUCGAGCUCGCAAAAACCCUAACAAAAACAAAGAAUUUCCACAUAUACAUCUGCUCGACAGCCAUUAAUUCGACCUCCAUCAUCGAUUUCAUCGACAAGAACUCAUUAAAUUCCUCUCUACAAUUCAUAGAGCUCAAAAUGGAUCCAUCCUCAAACCUCCCCCCCCACUACCACACCACCAAGAACUUACCCUCCCACCUCAAUACAACCCUAAUCAAAUCCUUUCAAACAACCUAUUCCUCAUUCGACAACCUCGUGCACAACCUAAACCCUAACCUCGUAAUCUUCGACGUUUUCCAGCCAUGGGCUUCCAAAAUUGCUGCCCAAAGAAAAAUCCCUUCUGUUUACUUCUCCAUCUAUGGAGCCAUGCUCAUGGCCUUCAUGCACCAUCGAUUUACUUUCCCAGAAAUCGAAUUCCCAUUUCCUGACAUCAGUUUACAAGAUUUUGAAAUGAAAAGUUUGGAUCUUUUGUUCGAAUUCUUAUACGAGAAUGUCCAUGAUGGCGAUCGAGAUCGAUUUCUUUGGGGCACUUUCGAACAGUCGCGAGAUAUUGUUUUGUUGAAAACUACGAGAGGGAUUGAAGGGAAGUAUUUGGAUUAUUUGUCGACACUUUGUAAUAAAAAAUUAUUGCCUGUCGGACCUUUGAUUUCCGACGAAAUUAAAAUCGAUUUUCAGAGCUCGAAGGUCCUUCAAUGGCUGGAGAAUAAAUCCCCAAAUUCGACUUUAUUCAUUUCCUUUGGUAGUGAGUAUUUCCUCUCGAAGAUAGACGUCGAAGAAAUUGCGAAAGGGUUAGAGCUUUGCGAAGGUAUAAUUAAUUUCAUAUGGAUCAUUCGAUUUCCGGCCGGGAGCGACGUGACCCUCGAAGAAUAUCUGCCCUUAGGGUUUCUAGACCGCGCCGGCGACCGGGGAAUAAUUUUAACGGGAUGGGCGCCGCAGGCGGAGAUAUUGGCGCAUCGUAAUACGGGAGGAUUUAUGAGUCACUGUGGGUGGAGUUCGAUCGUGGAAAGUAUGUACUACGGCGUGCCGGUCGUGGCCAUGCCGAUGAAAGUUGAUCAACCGAUAAAUGCAAAAAUGUUGGUGGAGGCCGGCAGCGCCGUGGAGGUUCGGAGGAACGAAAACGAAGGGUUUAAAGGGGAGGAGAUAGCAAAGGCGAUCAAAAAGGUGUUUUUUGAGGAAACCGGCGAUGCGAUGAGGCGUCGGGCGCGGAAAUUGCGCGAGACGAUGAAGAUAGAGAAAGAAACGAUUGUUGAUGAAGUAGCUCUAGAACUAUGGGAACUUUGUUUAAAUAAUGAUACUAAGUAAAGAGAUUAAGUAAUUUUGUAAAGUUAAAAAGUAUAGUUGAAAGUUUGAUUUUUUUUUUUU